AUGUCGCACGACAUCACCGUCACCUUCCUCGGCACCACCAGCGGAGGAGGACCGACUCAAACGCGCAACUGCUCAAGUCUGGUCGCGGACUUGGCUGGGGACGGGUCUCUCUGGAUGUUUGACUGCGCGGAGGGAACUGUCCGUCAGUUUGAGAACCAGCCGUACCGCCCCGGCUACCAGAGGGUACGAGUCAACCAGGUCUCCAAGAUCUUUAUUACCCACAUGCACGCGGACCAUACCAUGGGCAUCCUUACCUUUCUCCGCAACAUCCUCGGCAUCCCAAAACCUGUAAUCGACCCCGACGCCCCGCCAGCAAACAAAUCGUCCACCAAAGUCGAGAUAUUUGGGCCGCGCGGGAUCCGCCGCAUGAUCCGCAUGCUCUGGAACGUCACUCACACCCGUAGCUCACAAGCGUAUAUCGUGCACGAACUUCUCUUCCCAGGUGAGCAGCCGUCCGUUCCCGCUGAGGUGCGCGCAGGGGAGGGCGCGGACGAGACGGACGUGCGGAACGCGAGCGAGAAGGUCGGGCGGGACAUCCACUGCGACGAGGCCGGGUACUGGCCGCGGAUUGUGAACAGGGAGAUCGGCGGCCAGCGCGGGUGCGGGCUGAUCGUCGACGCAGGGCCGAUCCAACAUCGCGACCCAUGCAUUGGCUAUGUGAUUCGCGAGGUUCCCCGCGAGCCCCUCACGGCCGAAUCCCCGCUCCCUCGGAAGCUCGUCAUUCUCGGAGACACGUAUGACCCCUCGCCCCUUGCCCCGCUGGUGCACGACGAGCCGCCAUUCGCGUCUCCCCUGCCCGAACGCGACCCGUGGGGCCACGACGUACCGGUCAAGAUACCAGUAUCGUUGCUCGUGCACGAGGCCACAGAUGCGCACAUCCCCGCACACGUCGACCCGUCGGGACGCACGGGGAAGAACCGUACUCCGGAGAGCGUGCGCGAGAAGGCCAUCUCGCGUGGCCACAGCACACCUGGGAUGGCCGGUGCGUUCGCACGCACGAUCGCGGCGGAGCGGCUCGUCAUGAACCACAUCGGCGCGAGGUUCCCGGCGCCGGUGGGCGAGCUCACGAACAUGAGCAACCCGCAGACGAAGCUGCGGCACGGGAUCGUGCGCGAGAUGGCGCGGCAGGCCGCGGAGGGCUGGUGCCCGGACGGCUCGCGCCCCGUGCACACCGAAGUCGCGGUCGACUUCCACGUCGUGACGAUCCGCCCGAACAGGAACGCCCCGACCGCCCCUGUCCGAGGUAGCGCUACGCCGUGCGAGCUUGACAUUAACAUGUCUCCUCCGAUCCACACCACCACCAAUACAUCACCUCUGUUCUCGUGUCUCCGACUUCCGUCUUCACGCCAGCAACACUUUCGUCGUACACCACAACUAGCUGAAAGGCGCGUGCCGAAGGACGCGUGCACGAGGAUAUGA